AUGGUAAACCUUGUGUCACUCUUGCUUCCACUUUCCCUAUUCAUCGUUAUCAUCUCCCUACCUCUCCCUGCACAAGCUAUAUCCUCUUGCAGUGGCCCAUGUAAUACUCUCGACGAUUGUGACGGUCAACUCAUUUGCAUCAAUGGCAAGUGCAAUGAUGACCCUGAUGCUGGCACCCACAUAUGCGGAAACUCUGCACCUAGUGGAAACAACAACUGCCAACCCUCGGGCACCUUGAAUUGUCAAGGGACAUCCUACACUCAGUAUAGAUGCUCGCCUCCCGUGACGUCCUCCACGCCAGCCAUUCUCACAAACAACGAUUUCAGUCAAGGUGGGGAUGGUGGAGCCCAAUCCAAGUGCGACGAUAGUUUCCACAACAACUCAGAGCUGAUCGUGGCAUUAUCAACUGGGUGGUUUAACGACAAUUCGCGCUGCGGUAGUAUGAUUAGAAUUAUGGCUAGUAAUGGGAGGAGUGUGGAGGCCAAGGUGGUAGACGAGUGUGACUCCGUUAAUGGGUGUGACGAAGAGCAUGCAGGUCAGCCACCAUGCAAGAAUAAUAUUGUAGAUGGGUCGGAUGCUGUGUGGAAUGAAUUGGGACUGAAUAAAGACGUGGGUGAAGUGGAUAUUACUUGGUCUAUGGCAUAG